UCAGCGACCAUGGAGAAACCGAGCGAGGCCGCCGAGAGCGAGGGCUCCCUCCAGCCCAGAGAGCCCAGCCCCACAGGGCCACCCACCUCGGACCAGGACAUGGUGGAGACGAUGCCCGUUCUGCCCUCCAACCCCCUCCCCAUCUCUGCCACACUUUGGAUCCUGGAUCACCCAUCCACCAGGGGCCUGUCUUCCAUCACAGUGCCUAUCCGGCUGGAUUCCGUCACCUUCCUGCUCAACCAGGCCCUCCUGGGGGCUUCCGUGCCCAGGAGCCUGAUGCCCCUCUCUGAUGGCCAAGGGCUACUGGUUGGAGGCCAUGGUGGAACUACGCCACAUGCGAUAGGCAGCAGGUGCCAGCCACACUACUGCUGCAGCCCCCAGUGGCCUUGUGCCAAUCCCCUGCAGCCCAGUGGCACCCAGCCACCUUCGGUGGGCUUCUGUGGGUCUGGAUCCAUGGGGCAGAGCAGCACUCGUUCCCAAGAGAUAUCCAGGGGCCGUGCCGAUUGGCAGAACUCCUUUCCAAGAUGGGAUCAGCGUGGGUCUGCCUUGGCUGUGGGGAUAAUUGGGAAACAGGGAGGAAGAAAGAUUUUAUUUGGCCCUUGGGGGGCUGGAAGCCAGGUGGCUUCAAAGGCUCAAACAGCUCCCCUCCAGGAGAAGACAACUCCCCUACCACCUAGCAAAGAUGGCUACUACAACUAUCUCGAGAACCUCUUCACUGACCUGCCCAAGAAGUCUAGCACCGUCUCAGAUCCACGCCUGGAGAGACAGCCCCACGAGGACGCUGCCGAAAGACUCCCCAUUUCCAAACCUGACCUGAUCGCCUGGCUGGAAGCAGGGGAAGAUCCAUGGGUCCCAAAUCUCCAGGCCUCCAAGCAAAUCAGCAUCACAAGAGGCACCUCCACAGGUGACGAGACAAUGAGUGAGAAUGAGGAGGGGAAUCCACAGCAAGAAGGUCCUGAGAACUGCAGGGGAGGUUUCUGA